AUGAUGGAAUUGAAUUUGAAUGCAAAACAUGCGGGUGAUUGGAUUUACAGAGGAGAAGGAGCUGCAAAUAUCAUUCUCUCUUAUAGCGGAUCAACUUCUGAUUUUGUUGGAAAAGUGUUGAGGGUACAAAAAGUUAAAAGAAACGGGACAAACUAUGAAGAAGUACCUUCAGAUUUAUCCAUGCAUGAAGGCCUCCUAUGGAAUGAAGAUUGUGACCUUUUAUCAGCUCCAACAAGGGAAAUUGCAGAACAUCUGUACGUGCAACAUGUGAUGUCUCCACGAUUAGGUUCCAAUCAUGUUGAUGCUGGGGUCCGUGUUCUUGUAUCCAGGGAUUUUCUUGAGGCAGUAGCCAAAAACGUUUUUUCUCAACGCCCUUCCUGGAGAGUUACUGAUGCUGAUGUCAAUACACAGUGUGAUUAUGCACUGCUUAUAUCAGAUCAUUCAGUUUUCCCUCAAGCUCUUCGUGAUGAAGAGUUUUCGAUAUCUGUAGAGAUAAAGCCCAAGUGUGGAUUUCUUCCAUGUUCAAACUAUAUUCUAGAAGAACACACAAUGAAGAGGUGCAUGACCCGUUUCAAACUACAUCAGACCUUCAAAUUGAAACACAAAAAGGUAUCACAAUUAAGUCGAUAUGAUCCGUUGGAUAUGUUUUCUGGAUCCAAGGAAAGAAUAUUAAAAUCAAUUAAAGAUCUUUUUUCCACCCCACAAAACAAUUUUCGGGUAUUCUUAAACGGUUCCUUAGUAUUCGGAUGCUUAGGUGGAGGUAAAUACAGAACGAACGUUCGUUACGAUAGAGCAUUAGAAGAUGCUCUGAAGUUUGUUAUUCAGGCUGAUGAUGGUAUGCGUACCACUUGCUUUCUAGAACUUGUUUCUGAGGCUGUUUUUAGAUCUGGAUUGUUGGAUAGACUUUUACAAGUUCAGAAACUUGAUGUUUUUGAUAUAGAAGGGGCCGUUCAUGCAUAUUAUGAUGUAGUUUCUCAGCCCUGUGUGGUUUGUAGAGACUUAGGUGAAGAUAAGCAGCAAUCCGAUAGAUAUACUUCUUUGCAUACUAUCCCAUUGGAUGAAAGUUUGAAAAUUGUGAAAGAGUAUUUGAUUGCUGCCACUGCAAAGGAUUUGAGUCUCAUGAUUAGUUUUAGAACAAGAGAAAAAGAGGAUCCAAAGUCCGCGUAUAAUGUCAUUUUGCAUGAAUCAAUUGGACAGAGUUUUGAUUAUAAGGUGUCUUUUAUUGAUUUGGAUAUGAAACCUUUGGGAAAGAUGAUGCAUUAUUAUGAGCUGGACCAAAAAAUAGUACGAUGCUGUAUGAAGAUGAUGAAGAAUGAAAUUUCGGCAAAUUUUGAAGAAAAAAGUUCGUAUCAAGAUAAGUCCAUUGUUGAAGAAGAUGAUUAUCCUACUCGAGAACUUGCUGGACUGAUUCUUCAAAAUCUGAGUUGCCAAACCAUCUGCGAAAAGACUGGUUGGAAAAGUGUUGAGGGUUCUAAUCAUGUUGAUGCUGGGGUCCGUGUUCUUGUAUCCAGAGAUUUUCUUGAGGCAGUAGCGAAAAAUGUUUUUUCUAAACGUCCUUCCCGGAGAGUUAGUGAUUCUGAUGUCAAUACACACUGUGAUUAUGCACUACUUAUAUCAGAUCAUUCAGUUUUCCCUCAAGGUCUUUGUGAUGAAGAGUUUUCGAUAUCUGUAGAGAUAAAGCCCAAGUGUGGAUAUCUUCCAUGUUCAAACUAUAUUCUAGAAGAACACACAAUCAACAGAUAUAUGACUCGUUUCAAACUACAUAAGACCUUCAAAUUGAAACACAAGAAGGUAUCACAAUUAAGUCGAUAUGAUCCGUUUCUGGAUCCAAGGAAAGAAUAUUAAAAUCAGUUAAAGAUCUUUUUUCCACCCCCCAAAACAAUUUUCUGGGUAUUGUUAAAUGGUUCCUUAGUAUUUGGAUGCUUAGGUGGAGGUAAAUACAAGGUGGACUCUUAGGCGAUUGUGGGGUCUUCAUGUGUAUGGUUUUGGAGUGUUUGGUGUCGUGCUUUAACAACUUGGAAUUACCGAGUUCAUUUGAGUCAUUUGGUUUACUUUUUGUUAUAGGAUGUCCUGUAUUUUUUGGGGAUCUUCUUUAAUUGCAAUUGUUGAUGGAUGAUUUUGUUUAGUGUUGUAUGAAACAUCAAGCUUUGGCAUGUAAAGAUACAAUUACGUUUGUAUAUUUUUUUAGGAAAGAAAUGAUAUUAGGAAAAUAAUUUGACUUUUAAA